UAUCUCUACCGUUGAGUAACGUUGUCUGUCGUGAAUCGUGUGAUACUGUGGAGUGUGGUGGAGAGUGUGUUUAACGUGGACGAAAAUGUUUACAGAAGAACAGAAGAUAUUUUACGGAAUAUUGACGUUUAUGAUCGUAGAGUUCUUGUGGGAAUUGUACCUGUCUAUAAGGCAGCACCAUGUGUACGAACAUGCUGUGAGAGUUCCAAAUGAAUUAAAAGACAUAUUGACACAUGAAACGUACGAAAAGGCAAGGAUUUAUGGGUUGGACAGAUGCACAUUUAGCAUUGUGAAGGACAUAUUCGGUAUGGUAUUAUCUGUUGCAAUUAUGUUGUUCGAUGGAAUACCUUACUUUUGGGAUUUGUCGGAAAGAAUUAUAUCCGCUUUUGGUUACAGUUCUCAUAAUGAAAUUUUGCAAAGUGUAACUUUUGGGUUUAUUUUGUAUACUUUCAGUACAAUAAUUAAUCUCCCUUUGGUUGUUUACAAUACCUUCGUAUUAGAAGAGAAGCAUGGAUUCAACAAACAAACGGUUGGGUUUUUUGUGAAAGACAAGUUGAAGAGUUUUGCAGUGUCUCAAGUUAUAUUUACACCACUUCUUGCAGCCAUGGUUUACAUUGUUCAGAUAGGUGGUAAAUACUUCUUUUUAUAUUUGUGGAUGUUUUCUGUUGUAACGAGUGUGUUUCUGUUAACGAUUUAUCCGAACUAUAUAGCCCCGCUCUUUGAUAAAUAUACGCCAUUGCCUGAUGGAGAACUUAAAACUAGAAUAGAAAAACUGGCAGCAAGUAUAGAUUUUCCUUUGUAUAAGUUGUACGUUGUGGAAGGUUCUAAACGAUCAACUCACAGCAAUGCCUAUUUCUAUGGGUUCUUCAAGAAUAAAAGGAUCGUACUUUUCGAUACAUUAUUGAAGGAUUACACUCCUGAAAACAAGUCAGCAGGAGAAGACAAAUCUGAAGAACAAGAAAAAUCGCCUACUGGAGAAAAGAAGGGAUGCGACAACGAUGAAGUUCUAGCUGUUUUGGGGCAUGAACUUGGACACUGGAAACUGAACCACAUACUGAAGAACUUUGUCAUAGCACAACUGAACCUACUUUUCAUGUUUCUUGUAUUUGGACUAAUGUUUAAGUAUGAUCCCAUGUACCGUGCAUUCGGGUUCUCGACUGAACGCCCUGUUAUUAUUGGGCUCAUGAUAGUAUUUCAGUACAUAUUUUCCCCUUAUAAUGCCAUUCUGGGGUUCCUGUUGACUAUGUUAAGUCGAAAAUUUGAAUUUCAAGCAGAUGCCUUUGCCAAGUCUUUGGGGAAAGCGAAGGAACUGCAACGCGCGUUAAUUAAGUUGAAUCAAGAUAAUUUAAGUUUCCCUGUUUAUGACUGGUUGUUUUCCAUGUGGCAUCAUUCUCAUCCACCUCUUCUGGAAAGACUGAGAGCUAUUGAAUAUAAUAAGACUGAUUAACCAAAGUGCUUGAUUGCUGAUGUGUAACCUUUCAAGAAUAUACUUCAGUGUCCAGAGAAAGCUGGAAGUGUCAUGACUGAUAGGAAAUUUUUUUCGUAAGAGGACCAUUUGUGUCCAGAGAUGGUGUAUUUGUUUUAUACAGCUAUUAAGACUGUGUGUGGCAUUACGCUGCUUUGUGUUUAUUGAAAUGAAUGCAGAGCUGUAAUACAGUGAAGUCAAAUGUUAUCAUUAUUGUGUAAUGUCACUUGUGGUAUUUUUGUGGAGGCCACUGCACAAAGUCAGUUGCUUAUGCAGUUUGUAGAAUAACUUAAUUAUUGACCUUCAGUGACAGUGAUAUUCAUGGCAUUUAUUUUAGUAUAUGUUGGAACACUACCAGAAAAGAAACCAGUGUACACUGUAGGCCUUUGUAAGAUGCAACAUUCCAGAAUCAAAAUUGCAGAUGUACUAAAAUGCACUACUGUUAAAGUGUCUUAUCUGUUAGAUCAACUUUAGGCAACCAAGAUAGCUUCUUUUUACUACUUCUUUGUCUUUGUAAGACAUAUUUAAGUUCUGAAAAUGUCAUGAAAAAUGUGUGUGUGUGUGUGUGUGUGUGUGUGUGUGUGUGUGUGUGUGCGUGUGUGUUUUCACUAUUGUUUUCUACCAUUAUUGCCAAUUUGUAUUGUCAUUUUAUGCAAAAAUAUUCUUUUGUGGUGUUCUUAAUGAAUGACUUUGGAAUGAA